GGAACGAGUCUGUGAGCAGUGAGAAGCAACCUUCCUUGAUACCAUGCUUUUGAAAAGCUCAGAAAAGUUAAAUGUGGGCACCAAGAAAAGGGGAGGUGAGAAUCAAGUCCCUACCCCUCGUCCCAAGAGCUUGCGUUGUAAAUGCCACCACCACUGCCCAGAAGACUCAGUCAACAAUAUUUGCAGCACAGAUGGAUAUUGUUUCACAAUGAUCGAAGAAGAUGAUUCUGGGAUGCCUGUGGUUACCUCGGGAUGCCUUGGAUUAGAAGGUUCAGAUUUUCAGUGUAGGGACACCCCCAUUCCUCACCAAAGAAGGUCCAUUGAGUGCUGCACAGAGAGAAAUGAGUGUAAUAAAGACCUACACCCUACAUUGCCUCCGCUGAAGAAUAGAGAUUUUAUUGAUGGACCUGUUCAUCACAAAGCUUUACUCAUAUCUGUGACUGUCUGUAGUUUGCUCUUCGUUCUUAUCAUUUUGUUUUGUUAUUUCAGGUAUAAAAGACAAGAAACCAGACCCCGAUACAGCAUUGGGUUAGAACAGGACGAAACUUAUAUCCCUCCUGGAGAAUCCCUGAGAGACUUAAUCGAGCAAUCCCAGAGCUCAGGAAGUGGCUCCGGUCUCCCUCUGCUGGUUCAAAGGACUAUUGCUAAGCAGAUUCAGAUGGUGAAACAGAUUGGGAAAGGACGCUAUGGCGAAGUGUGGAUGGGAAAGUGGCGUGGCGAAAAGGUAGCUGUCAAAGUAUUCUUCACCACGGAGGAAGCCAGCUGGUUCAGAGAGACAGAAAUCUAUCAGACAGUGCUGAUGAGGCAUGAAAAUAUUUUGGGGUUUAUUGCAGCAGAUAUUAAAGGAACCGGCUCCUGGACCCAGCUAUACCUGAUCACAGACUAUCAUGAAAAUGGUUCUCUCUAUGAUUACUUGAAGUCUACCACCCUGGAUACAAAAGCAAUGCUCAAGUUAGCCUACUCCUCUGUCAGCGGCUUAUGUCACUUACACACUGAAAUCUUUAGCACUCAAGGCAAACCAGCAAUUGCCCAUCGAGAUCUUAAAAGUAAGAACAUCUUAGUAAAGAAAAAUGGAACUUGCUGUAUAGCUGACCUGGGCCUGGCUGUUAAAUUCAUUAGUGAUACAAAUGAAGUCGACAUACCACCCAAUACUCGAGUUGGCACCAAACGCUAUAUGCCUCCAGAAGUAUUGGAUGAGAGCUUGAAUAGAAAUCACUUCCAGUCUUACAUCAUGGCUGACAUGUAUAGUUUCGGACUCAUCCUCUGGGAGGUUUCCCGGAGAUGUGUAUCAGGAGGCAUAGUGGAAGAAUACCAGCUUCCCUAUCAUGACUUGGUACCUAGUGAUCCAUCAUAUGAGGACAUGAGAGAGACUGUGUGUCUCAAGAAGCUUCGGCCCUCCUUUCCCAAUCGAUGGAGUAGUGAUGAAUGUCUACGGCAGAUGGGAAAGCUCAUGACAGAAUGUUGGUCUCACAGUCCUGCCUCCAGACUGACUGCCCUGCGUGUUAAGAAAACACUUGCCAAAAUGUCAGAGUCCCAGGACAUUAAACUCUGAUUUAAAGGCAAUGUGUUAGCAUCUAUCAAGAAAGCCAGUAGAUCUUCUGUCUGUGGACUGAGCAAAAGAUGUUCCUGAAGAAUUCACAUUACAGGAAUUGAAAAUCACUCAUUUCCCACUGGGCUC